CUUCCUUUGUUUUGAAGCAGCAGAAAACCAAGUACAUUCGUGUUUGUCACGCGCCCUCCCUCUCUCUCUCUCUCUCUAACAAACCAUUUCCGCUCCAACCGUCUCAGUCUGCAUCACACUCACGUAGUUUCUCUCUCUCGCUCGCUGUCCUCGUAAGAUCCUUGUCGUGAAGCCGUGUUUGUUUGCGUCGUAUUUCUUCAAGCGAAUUUACAGCGAAAAUGGUUUCCUUCGAGAUGAAUGAUAGAAAAAAGAUUGGACUAGGCUUGACCGGAUUCGGUAUAUUUUUCACGUGCCUGGGAAUGGCUUUCUUCUUUGACAAGGGAUUGCUUGCAAUGGGAAAUAUCCUCUUCUUGUCAGGAGUGACUUUAACCAUUGGAUUUAAGCCCACGAUGCAAUUCUUCAUGAAACGUCAAAAUUAUAAGGGAACAAUUUCUUUUGGUGUUGGCUUCUUCUUUGUGAUCAUAGGGUGGCCUAUUAUUGGCAUGAUUUUGGAGGCAUAUGGGUUCAUCGUACUCUUCAGCGGCUUCUGGCCAACACUGGCAGUUUUUAUUCAGAAGAUUCCAGUUCUUGGCUGGCUGUUUCAACAGCCAUAUGUUAGAUCGGUCUUUGAUCGAUAUCGUGGCCGACGGGUGCCUGUGUAAGCAAGGAAACAGAGUGCCACUAAUCUGCGGGCAGGCGAACCUGUAAUUUCUUGUAAAAUACUUUUUAGAUGGCGCAGCAUAAUUCUUUUUAUUCAGUUUCCAAAGUGACCGUAGGAAAUGAUCUCAGUGAACGGGCUUUUAUCGUUUACCAAAAAAAAAAAAAAAAAAAAAAGGAAGUGAAAUUGAAAAUUACAUAUGAGCUUUAUGUGUACUACUCUGUCUUGGUUUUUGCUUAUUUUGUUACCUUUGCUAAGUGUAAAAUUCUUAGAAAAAACAUUUCAAAUAACUAUCUAAUGUUUGGAAACUUGGUAA